CGAUUUUGUUCGGGAUGACUUCACCUGUUUAAUGUACACAUCUUGGUUGCACGGCGCAUGGCAAUUUGAGAAUCGGCAAUAACAAUUAAUCUUUAGGAAGUUCAAUCUACCGCAGUUAUCCCCAGUCACCAUGGCGACGGAAUCUCAAGGCGAGGCCAAAGUUGCCACGGAAAUUGUUCCAAAAGUGCAGGCGGUUAGCGAAGAGCACCGUGCGAUUUUUGACCGAAUCGCGAAAAAUGAAAACAGCGAACUGAGAUUGUUACUCUCGCAACUGCGCGGAAGUGUAGACUUUGUGGACGAAAAUGGCAUGACGCCGCUUCAACACGCCGCCUACAAGGGUAACAAUGAAACGUUGCAGCUGCUGCUGGAUCAGGGUGCGGAUGUGAACUACGGGAAGCACGAGUAUUCGUAUUCGGCAUUGCAUUUCGCCGCACUUUCCGGCAAUGCCGAAGUAUGUCUAAAGUUGCUUCUGGCGGGAGCAGAUGCUAAAGCCACCAAUUCGGUGGGCAGAACGGCAUCCCAGAUGGGGGCAUUCGUUGCCAAUUACGAAGCGGUCGGUACGAUCAACAACUUCGUUCCGCUGCAAGAUAUCGAGUGCUUCACAGCGAAUGUGCCGAAUCCUGGAGAAGCAAAGCUGCCUGCAGCGAUACUAGCACCGUUCCACACUUUCGUUAUGCAAGUCAAUCUGCAUCCGGUGCGCAUACUACUGAAUCUCCAAAAGUACGCGCUUUUUGGAGCAGACAUGAAAAGCAUGUGCACGGUACUGGUGGCAAUGAUGGAACGAGAAAUGAAACGACGGGGAGAAGUCAACGAGGUGAUGGCUUUCAAAUACCAUUAUCUGGCCUACAUUAUAGGGGAGAUAGUAAAGCAUCGUGACUAUCUGAGUUCCCGGCGAGACGCUAAUCAGGAUGCGAAAACUGAUUUCCUCGAUCUAUUUGCAAAGCGUGUGCUGAAGAUUGGUAAGGACGGAACACCCGACUAUCUAGAUGCGCUGAUCAGGGAGUGCGUUCGAGAGUUCCCAUUCCGCGAUUGCACUCUCUUCCGCCAAGUGGUGGCUCAGAUGACGAACAAGGAAAAUGUGGCUGCACCUCUUGAUAUCGUGAGUACGGCGAUCAAUGGCCAACGCGGGUUUCAGGCCACGGUCCCAUUUUGUAGCUCAUGUGGGGAGGAGAAACCGGACAAAAAGUGUUCCAAGUGCAAAGCAGUCCAAUACUGUGACCGGCAGUGUCAGAGAUUGCAUUGGUUUGCCCACAAAAAGGUGUGCGCUAGACCAUCUGCUGUACCUUCGGCCGAAGCACCAACGAUUGCGAAGGAAAUUGAUUCUGCGGAGUUGAAUGAGCAGUUGCAGAAGCUGGUUGCACGUUGAAAGGAUUAGUUUUAUGGGCAUAUUGUAUGAAAGAUUGCAGAAAACCCUUCUUUUCAGAAAAAAUAUAAAUUCGCAAAUCUAUGCAUAUUUUUUAAAAUUUGUAUGCGGUAAACGAAAAACAGAAGCAAAUAAAACAUGUUCAUUAGGUCAUCGUAAA